CUAUGACGUCCCACAGUCCCGCUUUCAUUGUCGACAUGGCGCUGGCGAGGUGGGAGCACCAACUGCGGAAAGAGCAAAUCUCUUAAAGACAUUAAACCGCUAGAAAAGUCCACGGAUUAAUAUUUUCAUACUUUAAAAGGCGGUACAGAUUCGGAUAAACAGUGCUGAACAAGAUGAUGUCUGAUGCCAGUGACAUGUUGGCAGCAGCCUUGGAGCAAAUGGAUGGUAUUAUAGCAGGCUCCAAGGCUCUGGACUACUCCAAUGGCAUCUUUGAUUGUCAGUCCCCAACAUCACCCUUCAUGGGCAGUUUGCGAGCCCUGAACUUACUGGAGGACCUCAGGGGUGUUCUGGAGCUUAUGGAUGCUGAGGAGAAAGAGAGCUUGCGUUGUCAGAUCCCAGACACUACCGCAGACAGUCUGGUGGAGUGGCUGCAUGGUCACCUGUCAAAUGGACACAUUUCAUUCACCGGUGAUGUUUACCAGGACAGACUUAAUCGUCUUGAAAGUGAUAAAGAAUCCCUUGUGCUUCAGGUAAGUGUUUUGACGGAUCAAGUGGAGGCGCAGGGAGAAAAGAUAAGGGACCUAGACCUGUGCCUUGAUGAACACCGUGAGAAACUAAAUGCCACAGAAGAAAUGUUACAACAGGAACUCCUGUGCAGAUCAGCCCUUGAGACUCAGAAGCUGGAGCUUAUGGCAGAGGUUUCCAACUUGAAACUGAAAUUAUCAGCAAUGGAGAAAGAGAGACUCGAUUUUGAUGACAGAUUUGGAGAUAGUGAGGGUUUGAUUUUGGAGAUUAAUGAACUGAGAUAUCGCAUUUCUGAGAUGGAGAGUGAACGGUUACAGUAUGAAAAGAAAUUGAAAUCCACUAAGUCGCUAAUGGCCAAACUCUCUAGCCUGAAACUCAAAAUGGGCCAGAUGCAGUAUGAGAAACAGAGGAAGGAACAAAAAAUCCAGGCACUCAAGGAGGAGCUGGUUACAUUGAGAAGGCAGCUGGAUGGCAGAGAUGGUGAUCUGAGGAGGCUGCAGGAUGAGACGGGGUCCAGAUCCCCAACGCCUGCAGCCCUAGACAGCACAGAGAGAGUUUUCCAUACUGAGGAAACAUUAAAAAAGAGGCUCAAAGAGAAACAUAUGGAAGUACAGAAAAUGAAAAAAGCAAUGGAGUCAUUGAUGGCAGCAAAUGAGGAGAAGGAUCGCAAGAUUGAAGAGUUGCGACAGUCACUCGUGCGUUACAAGAAAGUACAAGAGAUGGUCCUGUCAGCACAAGGGAGAAAAGAUAAGGUCAAAGAAGGAGACAGUGAUGGGAGCAAUAGCGACAGCUCCCUCUCCAUGUCCACCGCCCUCUCUGUUUCCAUGGACACGGAGAAAUCUCUGCUCUCUUACACAGAGGAAGUUGCUGUGAGGGGUCAAAAUGAGGUGACUACAUUUGUCAGUACACUCCAAGUGCCAUCGCUCACAGUCUCAUCCCCAGUCAAAUCAGACAGUGAUUCAGUCCUGGAACAAAUGCAGUUAUCAAGUGAGAAAGAGUGUCAGGAGCCAACUCAAUCACUGGAGACCCCAUUAGAUGAGAGUCCCGAAGCUUCAGAGGACACUAAAUCAGCAAGCCAGGGCAACCUUGAUGGAAGAUGCAGUGAAAAGAAGCCAUUAACAGUAGAUCAGAGGCCAGCAGAGAGCAAAGCAUUUGAUGAGUUCAACAAGAUCACAACUCUACCACCCAAAUCCCCAAGCUCUUCUCAAACUGCUGAGGAUGACAGCUUCGGUAGCAGGAAAAUGAGAUCUUCCUUUGGACGGGGAUUCUUCAAGAUCAAGGGAGGGAAGAGGACUGCUAGUGCCCCUAAUUUGGCUGAGACCGAGAGGGACGGCACUGACCAUCUGGAUCUGGCAGGCAUGCCACAGAGGUCAGCUGACAGUGACAGCACACACACUCUCCCCAUUUCUCCGGAGGGCAAGAAAAAGUCAAAAGGAAUCAAAGCACUCUUUGGAAAGCUCAAAAGAAGUCAAUCAACCACAUUCGACCUGGAUGAUAACCUAUCAGAGAGUGAGUUUAAACGGGGUGGAGUCAGAGCCACAGCUGGGCCCAGGCUGGGCUGGUCACGUGACCUGCAGAACACCAACAGUGAGCUGGACGCUCCGUUUGCACGCUGGUCCCGGGAGCAGGUGUGUGAUUGGAUGCAGGAGCAGGGACUGGGGUUGUAUGUGAGUUUGGCAAGGCAGUGGGUCGCCUCCGGCCAGACACUCCUGCAGGCAUCCCAGCAGGAUCUGGAAAGAGAGCUGGGAAUAAAACACCCUCUACACAGGAAGAAACUCCAGCUGGCCCUGCAGGCGUUGGGCUCAGAGGAAGAUGACAACAAAGGCAAACUAGACUACCACUGGGUGACAAGGUGGCUUGAUGAUAUCGGCCUCCCACAGUACAAGACUCAGUUUGACGAGGGACGUGUGGAUGGACGGAUGCUUCACUAUAUGACUGUGGAUGACUUAUUAUCUCUGAAAGUGGGCAGUGUUCUUCAUCACCUCAGUAUUAAGAGAGCCAUCCAGGUGCUCCGGCUCAACAACUAUGACCCCAACUGUCUGCGGCGAAGACCUUCAGAUGAGAACAACAUAAGUCCUGCUGAGAUCUCUCAGUGGACCAACCACCGUGUGAUGGAGUGGCUGCGGUCCGUCGAUCUGGCUGAAUACGCACCCAACCUGAGGGGCAGUGGAGUACAUGGAGGACUGAUGGUGCUGGAACCUCGUUUUAAUGUGGAGACAAUGGCUCUGCUGCUAAAUAUUCCCCCAAACAAGACUCUUCUGCGGAGGCAUCUGGCCACUCACUUCAACCUGCUGGUGGGUUCUGAGGCCCAGCAACUCAAGCAGGAGUGUCUAGAGAACCCAGACUACACCUUACUCACUGCCACGGCUAAAGUCAAGCCACACAAGCUGGCGUUUGGAGGGUUUGGUAGGAAGAAGAAACAAGAGGACAAUGAAGAGUAUGUCUGUCCCAUGGAUGUGGAGAUGCCCAAAGGACGCAGCUUCCAGAAAGGCUACAGAGGCAUGGAGCUGCAGAUCUAUGAUGAUGACCUAGACCGAUUCGACCAGAUGGAGGACUCUGAAGGGACUGUGAGGCAGAUUGGCGCUUUCUCCGAGGGCAUCAACAACUUAACGAGUAUGCUGAAGGAGGACGAGUUCUUCAAGGAGAUCUCCACGUCGUUCCCCAAUGCCAGUGUGAAGGAUGAUGACUCCAACGUGUGAGGGCACUGCGGGGACACUCUCGCCCAUAGUGCUGCUGCUUUAAUCGGAAGUGACUGUGCCAAUCCCUCUGCCAACACCUCCACACUCAUCUGAAUGCCAAAUAUAUCAAUCAGAACCAAGUGUCAACUCAUCGAAACACCAUUUUAACGUAUUUCAAUUGCCUUUUAAGAACAUUUUGUUUAAUAAUUAAUGUCUCAUAAAGGUAGAUGGAAGAAUGUCUGCCCUGUGUGUGUGUUUUUUAAGAUUGUUAGUGGACCUUUUUGUUUCUUGUGGAUUGAUGUGAUAUGAUUUAUAACUAAAAUAAAUAGCAGUCCUACUGUAAUUUGCUGGUCAUUGGAGAGAUACAGUAUGCAUUCUUUUUCAUCUGUCUGCCUAAAUUUGUGCCGGUUAUUAUGGUGGCAGAAGAGCACAAGGACACUUUCAGAUAAAAUGAAAGAUAUAUUUUAUUAAAUUGUUGAUAAAUUAAAGUUGUACACUGCCAAUAGUUAAAUUAGCAAUAAUCAUCAAUAUUUUUGAAUGAUCGAUCCAGCUGCAGUCUUAAGUCUAGAUAUUUGAGUUUGUUUUUUUUUGGACCUGUACAUUUUGGUUUCUGAAGCCAAUACUGCAUAUGCUUUGUGCAUUUGCAUGCAGAGCUCUGUACAAUAUAUUUUACAUCUGGUUUGUAAAGGAUUGCAUGUUAUUUAAGCCUCAUUUGGAUAAAAUAUUAGCAAAAUAUUGUUACUUUAUUGAAACUUCAUCGUGAAUUAUUUUUCUUCUGCUGCAGUACUUAAAGGAUAGCAAUAAAGUUAUUGUUUAUGGAAAUGCUAUCAUGUAGCAUGAAUCUUUAAUGCUUUAAUGCAAUAAAAUUGUAAGCAGCUGAAAAAUAUAUUGAAAAUGUAGUUCCACUUAUAACCAUUUCAGAGUUACAUGUUUGUACUUUGUUGACUUUUAUUCAUUUCAGUUUCAAAGGUGAAUAAAAUACUGAAAGCA